GUUUGUUGUUAAAAUUAAAUCUUUCCAUUUCGAAAUUGGGUAUGUUCAUACGCUAAUCAAUCAAUAUAUUAUGCACUAAUAAUGUUGGGAGUUUUUUUUAACAUGAGCAUACUUGAACUACAUUGCAAGACUUGUACAUCUCCAGGGUUACAUACGCUCCACCAUAAAGGCUAGGAAUUUUGAAUUAAUGAUUAUUUUCUUGUUUACAUAACAAUUCUGUUCAAAUCACUGUGAAACUUAAUAUCUUAUAUCCAUUGUAAACAACUGGUAGUAAUUCUUUUGAUUUCUUUUUUUAGCAAUGACAGUUACCAAGAUUAUUUAUUGAUUAAACUGUAUUUCUACAACCACCCCCCCCAACUUUUCUUUUUAAAAAAUCAGUGAUAUUCUAUUCCCUUUACAUCAAAAUAUGUGGAUCCAAAGUUGGCAUGAGAACGCUUAUCACUGCAACAAUCAGCCGUCUGUUGAACGCUUGUAUUAUACACAACCCUAUGAAUACAACAGCUCAAUUUAUCCAAAUGCAAUACAACAAAAUGAUCUUGAAAUGAAUACAAUUUAUCCCCAGACUAUUAAUAGUGAUAAUAAGAAUAACAGUCCUAUAGAUACUAAAGUUCCAGUACCAUUUUUACAUAUUCCUGACACAUCUAACACUAUUAGUAAUAUCAACAGUGAUACAAAUUCAAUGAAUCCAUCAAAUUUUAUAUUAUCAUCCACUAUCUUACCAAAUCAUUGUACUACCUCAAAUUCAUCAACUAAAUCUAUCAUUUCAAAUAAAACCAUGUCAGUUGCACACUUUCAUGAUAUCCCUACUGGUAAUAAUGGUAAUAACAGUAAUCAGAAUGAGGUAGUAAAAAGUGAAGGAAGCACUCAUGAUUCGUUUUUGAAUAGUCGUCAAUCUACGCAAUGGGAUAUACUAAUGAAUAAUGGUAUAACUACUUCUACUACUGCUAUUCCUAUUCCUACUGCUGCCGCCAGGACAUUGACAAUGACCACUACUACAGCGACCACCACCGCUGACGAUGUCACUACUAGUAGUUAUAAUGAUAAUGAUAAUAGUAGUAACGAAUAUAAAUGUAAUAUGGAUAAUAAACAUUUCUAUCAACGCUACAUUGAUGAUGAUAAUAAUAAAUCGAUUAAUAUGAAUAAUCAUUACUUUAAUCAAUGCGAUGUAUUUACAGAGAAAAACAAUUCAAAUUAUUCUGAAGCUUCUUCAUCUCUGUGUGAUUUCCAGUCUACAGAGCUGCAAGAGAAAGAUUUUUAUUCUAACUCAGGUAAUAAUCAUUUAGUAGAAAGCUACAAUAAUAUUGACCAACAACACAACCCCUAUUACCAUCACCAUAAUUCUCAAUAUCCAUCUCAUCCUUGCCAACAUCAGUAUGAUCAUCCUAGUCAAGUUAAUCAACAUCAUGAGAAUAUCAGUCAAGCAUAUAAUUAUAACUGGUCAGCUCAAAAUAAUAAUGGCGAUAAUAAUAAUAAUUAUUAUCACAGCUAUCAACGUGAUAAAUACCAAAAUGUGCAUAGACUAAAGAUAAUAAAUCAAGGAAUAUUGACAACAGCAGGACAGAAUGAUUCAAAUUUAUCGCCAGUUUAUUCGUCAUUAUCAUCAAUGUCGUGUCUUUCUCUACCAUCAAAUAAAUCCCCGUCAUCCUCAUCAGAAUGUUCAGUAUGUUCAAAAUUACAAACAGAAUUAUCAGCGAAUCCAUGUUGUUCAAAUGAUGAGCCGAUACAGGAAAUAGCUGAAAUGAAAAUAGGGAUGAAACAAUCAGUUGUGUGUGAAAAUCUUAAUAGAUCAUAUUUUGAAUCUAUUAUCGAUUAUGAUCAAAUGAAAGAUUAUUAUGAAAAUAAUAAUAAUAAUAUAUCGAUAAAAUUAAAGAAAAUACUGCCGCAAACAUCUAAAAAGAUUAAACGAUCUAUUCAAUCAAAUCGAGUGAAAAAAGUGAAUGAAUUAAAAAAGUGUAAAGUUUCUACAACAACAAAGACAAUAGCACUGUCGCCAACAACAACAACAUCAACAACAACAGACAUCAUCUCAACAGUAAUGCCACACAUUCCUCUCCCCCCAUCACUGCAACAACAACAACCACAAUCGAUAUCACUAUCAACGCCAUCUAUCAAUAAAUUGAAAUCACUUCCUAUAAAUAGUGAAAUAUUCAAUAAAACAAAUGAAUCAAUGUUCAAUAUUAAUGCAUACAAUAUAAUAAAUAAUAUCACAUUGAAAAUUGAACAAAAUACAUGGAAUAAUGAAUUUUCAAAUAAUACUACCACUACUACUAUUAAUAAUAAUAGCAAUAAUAAUAAUAAUAAUAAUUGGUUACCUGAUAGUAUCAAUGAGUACAAUACAGCACACCUACUUUCUAGUAAUCAACAAACACAAGGACAACAUCAACAAAGUUUGUAUAACAAUGUGACGAUAACAAAUAACUCUACAGGUAUUUUAGAAAAUGGUGUCAAUCCUGUGUUUGUUUCGCCAGUAUUUACAACAUGUAAACAAAAUCCUAUUCAGCAUGUAAGUGAAAGGCCUGCAUAUUGUGACAACCAUGGAAAUUCUUCAAUAUUUCAACAAAGAUGUAAUGAUGAUUUAAGAGAACAAAUGAAAUACAACAGAAAUGAUGGCAUACCGAUUGUAACUCCUUUCAAUUCAGAAAACCAAAUUCAGUGUAAAUUAGAAAUGAUCAACGAAAGUGAUCCUCUAUAUGUUACUCCAUCAAAAGUGUCAACACCUAGAACUGACAUAUCAGCAGAAACAACAUUAAUAUCCAACAGACUGUUAAAUAUUAAAAACAAAACUAUAUAUCCAUAUAUGAAUAAUACUAAUCCGGUGAUAACGCGUUCAUCCCCAACUGGAGUGUAUCCUUGUUGUAAUAUACCAACGAGUAAUUCACAGAUAUUUCAUGAUGAUGAUGAUGACUACGUCAAUCAUACCUUGGACUAUCAGAAUCAGUCAACAGAUAAUCAAUAUCUUGUAAAUAGUGGUGCAUAUUGUCAUUUAUUACCAUGUUUCAGUCAACAGGAAUAUCAACAACAACAACAACAACAACAAACAAUGUCGUGUAAUUAUCCAAAUGAAAAUAAAUUGAACGAAGUAAGCAGUAAUUCGAUAAAUGCAGAUUUAUCUCAUAUAUAUUCACAAACCAUGAAUAUUCCCAUUGUUCAAAUGAAUGAAAGUCAAGGGAAUCCCAUGAAUACUACUACUAAUAUUACUACCAAUGUCAGUAGUACAUCUACUACCAAUACCCCUAACACUCUUACUGAUAACAGUGAUGUAAAUAGAAAAGUUCACUCAAUUUUUAAUUCAUAUCAAGAAAAGUCAACUGAAAGCAUCUGUCACAAAACAUUCACCUAUCCAAUGCAUAAUCAUAAUGGACAUAUACAGCUAUGGCAAUUUUUAUUAGAAGAAUUACACGAUCCAGAAGCGUAUAACUUUAUCUCAUGGACUGGUUAUAACAACGAAUUUAAAUUAAAAGAACCAAACCAAGUUGCUCAGAGAUGGGGAGCUAGAAAAAAUAAACCAAAAAUGAACUACGAAAAGUUAAGUCGUGGAUUAAGAUAUUAUUAUGAUAAAAAAAUUAUUGAAAAAGUCUCUGGGAAACGAUAUGUCUAUCGAUUUACUAGAAAUUUAAAUGAUUUAAUUAAAAAUCAAUUCAAUGGAUCAAUGUUAUUAUGUUCAUCAUCAAAUGGUAUACAAAAUAUGAGUCAGUUAAAUACAACAGUUUAUACAAAUUCUAAAACAUCAUGGAAAAGUGAAAUAGUCGAAGAACUUAACAGUGUACACAAGGUAAUCUAAUAAGAAUCUGGAGUGGCAGUUCAUAUCAUCCAGGAUGUCAGUUAGUCGAAUCUGCGAAGAAGUUGAGCAACCAGCCCUGUUUUCAACUGAAGUGUCAUGCUAUUUCUUUUAAAUAUUGCACCCAUGUAAUUUUAUUUAACAGCACAAAUUAGAGUGAUUUGUACAGAAAAUAACAGUGAAUGGUGAAUAUGUUUUAUUAGUCACUUGUGGAGGUGACACUUCAACUCUUAUACAGAAAUACAACAACCAUAUAUUUGUAAAAAUACUCAUGUUAGAUUACCGUGUAAUUUAUCUUUUAGUAUUAUAUACUUAUUAUUAUUAUUACUAAAACUCCACUUCUACAGCGCAUUACACACACACACACACACGUAUUGUCACAAAGGCAGUGUAUAGAAUUGUUAGUUUUGUGGAACAGUUUUUAAAACCUUUGAGUACAAAACUUCUACUUUCCUUUCCCCUUGCAUAAAAGUAUACA